UCAUGGGUUUUUUUUUUUUGGUAAUUAAAUGAAUGUCUUAACCAAAAAGGAAGGCAACAUAACCAGAAAAGGUUGACAGAAGAAAUUUGAAUCAUGGUUAUGGGAUGUUCACCUAACCUAAUAGUAACCAAAAUUCACAAAUUCCCAUGUGCCAGGUAGUGCUUAUGUGGGAAUCUUUGAUUGGGGUUGCUAUUAUAGAAGUUUUCAAAUUUAAAAGUUUUCUGCAUUUGUUCCUGGUAAAAACUUUCCAAAUUAUGCCUUUCAUCUCUCAAAUGUAUUUGAUGGAAAGGAGUUUGUGGUCAAACCAAGAGUUUUCAAUCCAAUCUGCAGUUGAGCCGUUUACCUCAGUUUCUUUAUUCCAUCUGUUAUGAGCAUUCACGCUUUGCAGGGCUGAUCCCAUUUUUGCUUGUCAAAGACAGGAAGACUGAAAGAUAUGCUAACCUUGUAAGCCAGAAGUUCUGCUUUUCUCUUAUUUUUCGUUUGAAUAAAAGGUAUUUCGUUUCUAACUUCUAUCUUAAUAAUUUUUGCUUGUUCAUAUAAGCCAUAAAUUUCUCUAGUAUUACGCACCAAAAAGAAUUGGUUUUUCUCUCUUGCUCUGUGUCAGGAGCCCUUUAAUAGUUGCUAUGGUGAGUUUAUGCUUUUUGUUACCGUUUUCCCAAUUCCACCACUUUCCUCAUCGGUUACCAGAAUUUUGUAGAGUUCAAGUUUCUUGACUAAUAUUCAAUGGGAUUUACACAACAUAAGUUGAAUUAAAGAAAGAGCUUCUUAAUUUCUCAAAGUUUGUUUUCCUGAUCUUUAAUUUGCUGAAACAAAACCCUGGCUCUAAAGUAUGCUUCUGUAAAUGCAGGUCACCUUCGGAUCGGAAACAUCAGGAUUGUUUGGAAACCAGUAGAGAAUCUGUUGAAAUGGUGGGGUAUUCUGUUUCAGCUGAACAAGCAGACCCUCCAUAAUGACGUGCACCUGCCAGGCAAAUAGCGAAUCCAUGGAUGACCAUUCAACUGCGGUCUUCAAGCCUGUUUACAAGUCCUUCAAGUUCAAAUGUUCUGAAGCCAUAAAAGGGUUGAAAGUAGAAAAGAAUACCGGUUUGAAAGAUAAUAAUGUAUUCAUUUCCAAUUUGAAAAGUGAAGACAGUGAGGUGGUUCCAAAUCAACAUCCAGAUGAUAGCCGGGAUAUGCAUGCUGUCAGGAACGCCUCGAGAGCAAGUGGUUACAUGGAUUGGAAGGAUUCUGUGGAUGGAAAUGGCCAACAUAUCCCACAUUAUACUUGUACUUGCAGUGACAAGGAGGAGAGUAGGGAAAGAAAGGUUGGCAUGGACAAUGAAUUGCCAGAGCUGGUUGCUUUCCUUCAAGAGAGCAGUAAUUACCAGUGUUUUAAGGACAUUUGCAUUGACAAGGAAGUGCCAUCUCAGGAAAAAUAUUUGGUAGAAAACUGUGAGCUGGACCAUAGUCGUAUCUCUUGCAUACUUGACUCUGAUAUGGACAGCAGCAGUGAAUCAAUUGGAGAAACUGUGGACUCGGAUUCUUCCAUUUCAACUGAGCAUGACUGUGACAAGGACGUAAGCGAGCAGUGUGGUUCCAAGAACUUGAAGAUUGAAGAUGAAAAAUAUUUUGGAGACAGAGAUGAUCAUUCAACCAAGAAGACCGUAUCCGAAACACUGCUUAUAGUUAGACAGGGUCCAAAUAACGCAGUGCUGGCAAACUCAAUGGUAUUAUCCAAAAGUCAGGCAAUUGAUGACAACAGCCGCACAAGCAAGGCCUCUGUACGAAGUGAUCUGGACGAUGCAAGCAGUCUUGGCAAACUCAAUGGUAUAAUCACCAUAGAUGAUGGGAGAGAGGAAGUUACACAAAGUGCAGGGUGCCAUCCUCCGGACAUAGGAAACAUGUUCAGGCCUGAUUCGUCCGAAGACGGGAUGUCAGCAUCUGAACCUUGUUCAGGCCUUUUAGCACUCUCAGGAGGAAUACCAAGUUGCGGUAGCAUAUCUCUUCGGUCAAAUAGCAGCACAACUAGCUCCCAGUCUUUUGCUUUUCCCAUAUUAUCCUCGGAAUGGAAUGGCAGCCCGGCAAGAAUGGGGAAAGCUGACCCGAGACAAUUACAGAGACACCACCGCCAUUGGGUGAUGCGUUUUCUCUGCUGUAAAUUCUGAAUGUCAUAUAUCUACUUCAAUCUUUUUGGCUUGUAAAUUAGUUAAGCUUUAUGCCAUGCCUUACAGAUUAUACACAUGCACAUGUUCUGAUUUAUACAAUAACAUCAUAAUAGUAAUAAAUUUACUUAAAUUUAA